AUGAUUGUGAUGAGCGCCAAUACAAGCGGCAGCACUGAACAGCAGCAGCAGCAGCAGCAGCAGCAACAGCAGCAGCAGCAGCAGCAGCAGGAUGCAGACCCAACAAAGGCUCUGGCGGCGCGUUUGCUGCUGUGUUGUUACGGCUCAAGCAGCAGCAGCAGCAGCAGCACCACCACCACCACCACCACCACCACCAGCAACAGCAGCAGCAGCAGCAACAGCAGCAGCAGCAUGCAUGUAGCAUCAUCAUCCUCAUCAAUAGAAUCUAACUCAAAAAGACCCAACAAAGGCUCUGGCGGCGCGUUUGCUGCUGUGUUGUUACGGCUCAAGCAGCAGCAGCAGCACCACCACCACCCCCACCACCAGCAGCAGCAACAGCAGCAGCAGCAGCAACAACAGCAGCAGCAACAGCAGCAGCAGCAUGCAUGUAGCAUCAUCAUCCUCAUCCUUUGA